CCCCCCCCCCCGAGGGACGCCACAACAGCCAAGUGGAGGCGCUGCUCGAAGGACUUCAUAACAGGGCCGUGCGAACGUCGCUGGACAUCAGCCGACUCGCAUACAAGGUGGGAAGAUCCAACACAUGGGCACGCCGGAGCGAGCAGACGGCUCGGCGGAUAGCGACGAAACAGGGCACAGCGGGCCAGCCGGACACCCCACGAGCACCCAGCGACAUGGACCCAUCCGUCCCCCCACACCCGCAUGAGUGUCUGCCGAGGAAAGCCGCGAGGCCAGCCGCCACAAGUGGCAGGAUCCCGACAGGAGACAAUGUCCAAAAAGGCCGAUCCGCAAUACACGCCCGCACAGAGACAAUCCCUGGGGACCUCCCAGCCCGGAAGCCCCACGCCGCUCGAAUCACGCUCCGCCGACCAGUGCUGCAGCGCACCGGCAGAAAGAUAGUCCAAAGGGAAUGGACGCCUCCACCCUCACCCCCAGCUGACACAGGAGACGGCUGGGUGACGCCUCCGUUCGACGGUCCUGCCUCGGACGGCUGGAUAUCGCCGCCGUCAUCACUGGGGGACCCCAUGGAAACGGACGAGCCCCAGGGGACCCAGCCAGGGUUGACCCGUGAGAAGCAGGAGAGGAUCGAACGCAACAGGGCCGAGGCGGAAGAGCGAAAGAAGAGGAAACGAGAGGAAGAACUGCGGGAGAAGAUUGCGCAAGGCAGAGCCGCAGCCGCAGAGAGGAAGAAGAGGAAACAGGAGGAACGGAGGAAGGCCCAGGAGGAGGGACGGACCCUGCCCCCAGUGGCACCCCAGCCACCCCCACGACAGCCCUCCACACGGGAGGCGGCCCUCAACCAGCGGGCCAUCAACCAGGCCAUACAUUGCUCAGAGCGCCCUAAGCGCCCAAGCGUCGUGCUCCCUCCGCCAGCGGGGGAUGACCGAAUGGAUGAAUAG